AUGGCUUAUCCUCUUCUUCGCCGCUCACUUCGUCACUACUCAACAUUGCUCUAUCCAACCCCUCCCAAACUCGUCUUUCAGAAAUAUCGUAUUAAGAGUCAGAAGAACUCAUCAAUACUCUCUCCCAACUGCUCCUCAGCACUGAAAUCCCCUCUCCCUCUCCCCCAAAUGAAAGCUGAAACAAAUACAAAAGCUGAACGUUUCAUCUCUCACGCUAUCGCUGUCUAUAGUCAAGCCGGCCUGUUCGACCAAGCUCUCAAUGUUUUCAACUUCAUCCAUGAAAAUCUUAAAUCCACUCCCUCAGUUAAAUCGCUCAAUGCGUUGCUCUCAGCUGCAAUCAUUAUAGAUAAUCCUGUGGAGGUAACACGUAUUUACAAAGAUUUCCCGAAAAUUUACUCUAUUAAACCUAAUGUUGAUACAUAUAACUCGGUUAUCGAUUAUUUUGUUAGUUCUGGCUCAACCGCUCCUAUUUUCUCUAUUUUCGAUGAUAUGAGUGUCUAUCGUGUCAAACCUAAUGCUACGAUUUUUGAUAAAGCUUACCUUGCUUUUCUUGAGGAGAACAAAUUUGACGAGAUUGAAAAGUUGGUUGAUUUGAUGGAAAAUAGGUAUGGGUUAACUCCAUGUUCUAACACGUAUAGUGUUAGGAUAAAGGGUUUAUGUAAGUUGAAGAUGUUUGAUGAGGCUAGGAGGAUUGGGGAGUUUGAAUAUGCUUUGGAUACUGCUAUGGACAUGAUUGGUGAAGGUUUGGUCCCUACUCUUACAACAAUGGAAAAUCUUGUGAAUGGGCUUGUUCGUGUUUCAAAGGAGAGCUUGUUGAGAGAAUCAAGGACAAGUUUUCUGAAAACGGAGACAAGUGGGGUGAACUUGAAGAGAUGA